AUGUUUAAAAAGGCCCUUACGAGUUUCCAAAGACCCUCGACACAUAUUCUGAGAGGAUCUUUUAGACUCCAAUCUACGGUAUCAGAUGCUAGCACUGGAGCAAAAACGAUGACCAGUGAGGAUAGCAGUCCUAAGAAUUAUGAGACAUUAAGUCAAGAAGAAGUGAUGAAUUCGGGCUCGCUCCUUGACUCACACCAAUCAUUUACCGUUUUCCCCAGCAUUGAGAAUGUUAAGCCUGAAGAGCUGGUUGGGGGCGCUUCUUUUGGCUUCAAGACUUACUUUGUAGAGAGGUCUUCUACGGGAAAUCUACCUGUCUAUUCAGAAUACAAACGGAAUGGAAAGGUAGUGACUGAAAUCAGGAAGAUACAAGGGGACCCAAUUCAACUAAGAAAUGACCUCCAGGAGAGGCUUCCUCACAUUUCAAAAAAGGCUUUCAAGGUUAUAAUGCAAUCAAAAAAGAUUGUAAUUGAAGGAGACGCGGUAAGAGAUGUUAAACAUGUUCUAUCUACUACAUUUUAA